AUGUCGUUUUCUAACCUUGUGUCGGAUAUUGCGUUUAGAGACUCGCAGGGCGACGAGCGCGGGUCGACGAAGCCCAGAGGCGCUCGCUCGCAUGUUACUGCUCCAUCUUCAUAUCAGAGCACCACCACCAGCGUUAGCAUCUCGGGGAGUAUCUCUAGCCAGCUGCAUGCGGGCUACAGCCACCCGCUAGCCAGAGAAUGGCAGUCAGAGAAGCAAUUAACCAAGUCCAUGCUUAUCUACCCUCUCUUCAUCACAGACCGACCAGACGACCAAAUCACAGUCCCUUCCCUUCCAAAUCAAUUCCAGCUGGGUCUAAACAAGUUGGUGCCAUUCCUUAAACCGCUGGUCAAAAAGGGUUUGAGAUCCGUCAUGCUCUUCGGCGUCCCGAUGGCGCCUGGUGCAAAGGAUGCUCUGGGGACGAUGGCAGACGACCCGUCUGGACCUGUCAUACAAGCCAUUCGCCUACUACGCACUAAUUUCCCAGCCCUCUACAUCUCCACUGACGUAUGUCUGUGCGAGUACACGUCUCACGGACACUGCGGUAUCCUUCGUGAAGACGGAUCGUUGAACAAUACGCUUUCAGUCGAGAGGCUCUCGGACGUUGCUUUGGCGUACGCUCAGGCUGGAGCUCAUUGCGUUGCACCCUCUGAUAUGAACGAUGGUCGAGUUAGGGCUAUUAAGCUCAAGCUUAUUGAGGCAGGUAUAUCGCAUCAGGUGGUGCUGAUGUCUUAUGCGGCGAAGUUUAGCGGGUGUUUGUAUGGGCCGUUUAGGGAUGCGGCUGGCUCGUGUCCUUCGUUUGGGGAUAGGAAAUGUUAUCAGCUUCCGCCUGGUGGUAGGGGGUUGGCGAGACGGGCUAUUCAGAGGGAUAUAAGUGAGGGUGCGGAUAUUAUUAUGGUGAAGCCCGCGGGUGCUUAUUUAGAUAUUAUUAGUGAUGCAAAGGAGCUGGGGAGGGAUAUGCCUGUUGCUGCGUACCAGGUUAGUGGGGAGUAUGCGAUGAUUCAUGCGGGCGCGAAGGCCGGCGUGUUUGAGUUGAGGGCGAUGGUGAUGGAGAGCAUGCAGGGGAUUCUGCGGGCUGGUGCGAGUAUUGUGACAUCGUACUUUGUGCCUGAGCUGCUGGACUGGUUGGAGUCUUGA